CUCCUCCGUGCGGCCGGAGCACCCUGAGCCCCGCAGACAUGACCUCGCGCAGGUGGUUUCAUCCCAACCUCGGUGGGGUCGAGGCGGAGCAGCUGCUCCGGUCCAAGGGCCAGCACGGGAGCUUCCUGGCAAGACCCAGCAAGAGCCGCCCGGGCGGCUUCACGCUGUCCGUCAGGCGCCACGACGAGGUGACCCACAUCAAGAUCCAGAACACAGGCGACUACUACGAUCUGUAUGGAGGGGAGAAGUUCGCGACGCUGGCCGAGCUGGUGCAGCACUACACAGGCCAGCGCGGGGGGCUGCUCCGAGAGCGUGGCGGGGCCCCCGUGGAGCUCUUGCACCCGCUGAGCUGCCAGGACCCCACGUCAGAACGGUGGUACCACGGGCACCUGUCUGGCAAGGAGGCCGAGAAGCUGCUGAUGCAGAAGGGGCGUCCGGGCAGCUUCCUGGUUCGGGAGAGUCAGAGCAAACCUGGGGACUUCGUGCUGUCAGCGCUCACACAGCAGCUGGACAGGGCAGGCCGCCAGGCACGCGUCACCCAUGUCAUGAUCCACUUCCAGCCAGAUGGGAAGUACGAUGUGGGAGGUGGCGAGCGGUUUGACACCCUGGGAGACCUGGUGGAAUGCUACAGAAAGAACCCUCUGGUGGAGAGGUCGGGGACCGUAGUGCACCUCCAGCAGCCCCUCAAGACCACGAGAAUCAGCGCCACAAGCAUUGAGAGCCGUGUGCGGGAGCUCAACGAGGCCAUGGAUGCCAGCGAGAAGGCCAAGCAGGGCUUCUGGGAGGAGUUCGAGAUGCUGCAGCAGCAGGAGUGCCGGCUCCUGUAUCCCCGGAAGGAGGGCCAGCGGCCGGAGAACAAGCCCAAGAACCGAUACAGGAACAUCCUUCCCUUUGAUACCACCCGUGUCAUCCUGCGUGAUGUGGAGGACAGCGCGCCUGGAGCCGACUACAUCAACGCCAACUACAUCAGGAGUGACCCAGAGGAGAAGCCAGGCCAUGGACCAGGCAAGGUGUACAUCGCCACCCAGGGCUGUCUGCCAACUACAGUGGCUGCCUUCUGGGCCAUGGUGCACCAGGAGAACACGCGUGUCAUCGUCAUGACCACCAGGGAGGUGGAGCGAGGCCGGAACAAGUGUUUCCGAUACUGGCCAGAGCUGCACGGCAGCCAAGAGUAUGGCCGCCUGCGUGUGUGCAACGUUGCUGAGCACCAGGCCCAGGGCUAUUGUGUGAGGGAGCUGCAGGUGUGGCGGGCAGACCAGGAGGAGUCACCGCGCACAGUGAAGCACUGCCAGUACUUCGGCUGGCCGGACCACGGGGUGCCGGCCGCGCCCACCGGCGUCCUUGGCUUCCUGGACGAGGUGAACCGGGCCCAGAGCAGCAUGCCGGGGGCCGGACCCAUGGUAGUGCACUGCAGCGCCGGCAUCGGACGCACUGGCACAAUCAUUGUGCUUGACAUCCUGGUGGACGUCAUUCGCAGGCAGGGGCUGGACUGCGACAUCGACGUCCCCAAGACGAUCCAGCAUGUGCGGCGGCAGCGCUCGGGGAUGGUGCAGACCGAGGCGCAGUACAAGUUCGUGUACCUGGCGCUGCAGCGGUACAUCCGGGGCGAGCAGCUACGCCUGCGCGAGCAGGUGGGGGCAGGGCCGGGCCGGGGCGGAACCUGCGGGGGCAUCACCAUGGUGACCAGCGGCCCCUCCCCUCAGCGCGAGCCGCCCGAGGAGCGCGACUCCCUGAAGGUGGGAGCCUCGCCCGCCGACCCCGGCUGUAGCCCCGGAACCGCGCCGUCCCGGGCGCCGGCGGCCACCCCGGAGGCCUCCGGCCACGUGUACGAGAACCUGCUGCCACUCGGGCCGUGAGGGCCCCGAGUGCGCGCGCCCCGAGUGGGGCUGGAGCCGUGCGAGAAGGCGGGAGCCCAGCAAGGCCGGCCCUCGCGUUCCUCCGAAGGACUGUGUUUAGGACUGUGCAGACCGGCGCCCAGCCCGGAGCGUU